AUGCGGGUGGGAGAGCUACGGGAAGGACAAGAACUGCCCCCCAGCCCCGGCCUCCCUGGGGAAGAUUCCCACCAAACGGUCAAGAAAGGUCUGGAAGCAGCACCCCCUGCCCACUCCCCUGGCAGCCCCAGGAUGGGGAGGGCAGCGCGAACUACAACUCCCAGCGCGCCUCCGCGGGACCCGCUCGCGGCCAACUACAACUCCCGGCGUGCCGCCUGCCUGUCCCGGGUCAGACUGGACCCAGGUGUAGGAAGUUGGGCCACAGGGACUCCGCGCCUGCGGCCCUUCCCAGCCGGACCAAGGAAGGGGUCAGCAGCCCCGCCGAGCGGGGAGCCGGGCGCCGUCUCCGCCAUGCUGCGUGCACUGGCCGGGGCCGCGGCCCCAGCGUUGAGGGUCCUGCAGGCGCGGGGAUCAGGGAGCCGGGCGGGGGUCCCGGCCCACGUGGUGGACCUGCGCAGCGACACGGUGACCAGGCCCGGGCCAGCCAUGCGGCGCGCCAUGGCAGAGGCGGUGGUGGGGGACGACGACUACGGCGAGGACCCCACUGUCCGCGAGCUGCAGGAGAAGGCAGCCGAGUUGCUCGGGGUGGAGCAGACCCUGUUCGUGCCCACCAACACCAUGGCUAAUCUCAUUUGUGUGAUGGCUCACUGCCGGCGCCGGGGCUCCCAGCUGCUCCUGGGACAGGAGUGUCACCUGCACGUCUACGAGCAGGGCGGGACAGCUCAGAUCGCCGGGGUGCACUCGCAGCCCCUCCCAGACCUGCCCCAUGGCACCCUGGACCUGGCCAAGCUGGAGAGGGCGCUUGCCCGCUCCCGUGGGAACCGCUACCGCCCAGUGUGUGAGCUGGUCUGCCUGGAGGACAGCCACAGCAGCUCGGGAGGCCGGGUCCUCCCCCUCAACUACCUGCGCCAGGUACGCCACCUCGUCCGAGCCCAUGGGGCUCGCAUCCACCUGGACGGGGCCCGGCUGAUGAACGCAGCAGUGGCCCAGCGUGUGUCCCCAGCCCGCAUUGUGGAGCACUGUGAUUCUGUGUCCCUGUGUUUCUCCAAGGGCCUGGGCGCACCAGCAGGGGCCUUGCUUGGCGGAUCCACGGACUUCAUUGAGGAAGCCUGGCGCCUCCGGAAGGCCCUGGGCGGGGGCAUGCGCCAGGCAGGGGUGCUGGCCGCCGCUGCCCUGGUGGGCCUGGCUGAUGCCGAGGAGGUGCUGCGACAGGAUCAUGACAAUGCCCAGCGGUUCGCCAGAGGACUCCAGGAGCUGGCGUCCCCCUUCUGCUCCGUGGACCCCAGGGCUGUGGAGACCAACAUGGUGAUGGUGACGGUGGACGGGCUGUCGCCAGCGGAGCUGUGCCAGCGCCUGCAGACCGUGAGCGCCGAGGAGGAGGCCCAGACCGGCCAAGCUGUGCGAGUGCUGCUGUUCCCCUGGGCGGAGCGCACUGUGCGCGCCGUGUGGCAUCGCGAUGUCUCCGCCUGUGACACGGAGCUGGCACUCAGGAAGUGGGCCUUUGUGUUGCAGCAGCUAGGACACUGAGGACCGCCUGGGACCCACGUGGGGUGUGGGAGUGGAGC